GAGCGGGAGCGCGAGAAGGAGCGGGAGCGCGACCGCGAGAAGAGGAAGGAGAAGGACCGGGAGCGCGAGCGCGAGAGGAGUCGCGACAGGGACAAGGAGAGGGACCGCGACCGCGAGAGGGAGAAGGAGCGCGAGAAGGAUCGCGAACGCGAGCGGCGGCGGUCGUCGACGCCCCCACGGAG